UGGCAGUGAUUGAUCCACUCAUUGACCACCAUCGUGUGUGGUUUGCGUUGACCGCGGGAGGUGGUGGUCGAUUCGACUGGAUUGAUUUGCUACACAGCACAGCCUGAUUGGAUUCGCUGACGGGUGAGGUGAAACGGGCUGAGGUAGAACGGUUUACGUUUGAAAUCAUUGGCUAGCGUCAGGUGGUUGAACUCGCUGGAUGGCGGGAAGUAGCACUCGUGAGGAGGGUGGUAUCUCUCACGAGGAGGAGAUUAAAGUGAUGACCCAGAGGAGUAUUCCUAGGACCGCUGUUCGCGGGAAGACUAUGGCACCAGAGUGUCUCCCAUCGCAGUCCUUGAAGAACGGAGGCGGUGUCGCUCGAAAGUUCUCAUUGACUCUCCCUUCUUUACAUGAGGACGAUGAUUAUAACAAGGAAGAGGAGGUCGGUGAGGAGAACGAUGAGUAUAACCUGGACUUCCUAUUCAACGGUGGCGGCGUCUCUCGCAUUGAGGAGAGCGAAAUGGUGACUCAGAGGAGUUGUCCGAGCAGCGCAGUUGGCGGGAAGACCAUGGACGCAGAGUGUCUGCACUCCCAGUCCUUGGGAAACGGAGCCGCCGCUCGAAAGCUUUCCUUGACCCUCCCUUCUUUAGAUGAGGAGGAGGGUUAUAACGACGACUCGGAAGAGCAUGAGUCAGACAUAGACUACGGUUUGGAGUCGUUCUUUGAAGUUGUGACGUUUCCGAGUCUCAUGUGGAACAGUCGUUUUGGUGACACUGAUGAUGUUGAAGCUAGAGAGGAGGAGAACGAUGAGGAGAUUGACGAGUAUAACCUGGGCUUUCUCUUCAACGGUAGCGUGGAGGAAAUGGACUUCCUCGUGAACUGUAGCAUGGAGCGAGGGAGAACGCCUUCCACUGAGCAUCAACCCAAAUAUGACUCUGAGGACGAGGAAGAGGAGAAUCUGGAGGAGGCCGAUCGGAGUGAUGGACAGAGUGCACCAGGCAUCGCCGGAUGUACGAGUGAUUCUUCCGAGAGAAAUUCAUCUUCGGCGAGUGAUUCUUCCGAGAGAAACUCAUCUUCUGAGGGAGAUAUGAGAAGGAGAGACGAGAGAAAUGAACCCUACGACGUCGAUGAGAGUUCUGAUUCUUCUGAACAAGCCAUCGCAUCCGUCUUGCGCCUCCGUUCCGCUGCCCUCCCUCCCGUUUCACCGCAAGGGAAAAUGCAGCAGCCACGAAAAGCGCGAGUUAGGAGCCAUCAUGCCGCUUGUCGCAGCGGUCUCGGUACUCCCGAGAGUUUUGCGCAGCCUGAGUUGUCCGCGACCAACGGCGGUGACAACGGCUUGCGGUCAUCGGUUCCCGGUAAAUUAAGGCGUAAUGGAGGAGCAGGAGGGGUGUGGGAGGCUUGCAUGAAACCUCCGCCUUCUCCUCAGACCCCUCUUGAUCUCUUCCCGGACACAGAGGAGGGUGUUCCUUCUCCGAGCGGUGUGAAAGCGCUCAAUUCUCGGCCUGCUGGCCCAGGCUUGUCGUUUGGUGACGAUACUGACCGCCGAGUCAACGAGCGGCGUCUGUCUCCCUACCCCAAGUCAACUCCGUUCGAUUCUGUGGCGUAUGUGGCGCUGUUGAUGGGAAGUUCGGAUUACUACAAAGGUGUGGUGGCCGUUGUCAAGAGCCUGAGAGCAGUGGGGAGUCGUGUGAAACUGAUCGUGGCCGUCAGAUCGGAUGUUCCUGAAGCGCAUCGGGAGAUACUGAAGGAGCAUGGCUGCGAUAUCAGAGAAGUCGAGAUCAUCGAGUCUCCCAGGCCCCGUGGAGGUAAAGCACAGGUGUUCGCAGUCAGUUAUUAUGCGUGGAAUUACACGAAGCUGCAGAUUUUUGGAUUCGAUGAAUAUCAGCGAUUGAUCUAUCUGGACGGAGACAUGCUGCUGCUCCAAAACCUAGAUCACCUUUUCUGGGAGCCGCUGCCAAUCGACGGCGCAGGAAGGGUAGGAAUUGCGGGUGUCAAGGACUGCUUCUGUGAGGGAGAAACUCAUCCCAGGGAGAGAAGAGGGGAGGGUUAUUGCCAGGUGGAUCCCGAUACACAUCCAUGGACGUUGGAGCUGCCUUUGCCAGCACCAUAUAUAAACGCUGGUUUUUUUGUCUUUGAGCCGAGCAAAGCUGUCCUGCAGGAUAUGUGCAGCCAACUCCAGAAGUAUGAGCCCACACCUCUGGCUGAACAGGACUUCCUGAACGACUACUUCUGCAGAAGAAUCAAGAUCCUUCCAAAUGAAUACAAUGUGCUGAUGCCGCUCUUGUACAAUCAUCCUACUAGGGUUAAUCUGGAUGAGGCCAAGCUGAUUCACUUCUCAGUGACUGGAUCGAAGCCGUGGAGGUUCGACCCUCGAGAAAAGAACAUGGAUCACAAGGCCAUUCAGCAGCUGGUGGCUUGCUGGUGGGAGGUGUAUUGUACAGAUAUGAAGUCGAUUCUCCAAGCAGCUGCUGCCGAGCCUCUGCCCUGGUCUUCUCCAGAUGAUGAUGAUGAUGAUAAUGACACUAGCAAUUGUGGAGUGAACAAUUCUGGACUGCGCAUUAGAGCAGAUUUCGACUGUGAGCAGCACAAGGUUUGUUUCCCAGAGGUUGAACUGGAUCGGUCGGACAUGGAGAAGCUGGACACGGUUUUCAAACUGACAGGCCGUCCGGGUAUCAGCAGAAAUGGAAGUGACGGUUGCAGCACCACAGUUCAGUCCUAAAAUUGUUGUAGAUGCGACAGGUCAGCUGCCGCAGCCCUCGAGUUUCACUUCACAGAGUGCUGUAACAGUUGUGCUGUUGUGAACUGCAUCCCGUCGCAUGCUCUGCCAUGCUGUCCACGGGCCACCAAUGCUGUGAGCUUUCUGUGCAACGGGGUCUGUUAAUUGAAGAGGGGGGUGACAUUGUCUACAUUGCCCAUGAUUGCCGGAGUGUGGAGUGGUUCAUGGAGUUGGGGUUCACGGAAGGGGCACCAGUGUUGAUUAGAUUGCUUUUGUGUGAGGAUUUCCUUCUGCGGCCAUGUUAAUCACGACUUUAUCACCUCAGGUCUGCAGACUGCAGUCUCUGAUUCCAACUGAAGUUUUGGAAUGAGAAUGCAUGGAGCUUGUGCAUAAGAUGUUGGCCAUAGUAUUAGUGUAAAUUUCGGAGUGUUAACACUGUUAAGCAUAACCACAGUGCGGGCAUUGCGGCGCCCAUGUUGCUCUGCGGCGCCCAUGUUGCUCUGCGUGUACGGGGUUUGAGAUGGUUCUGCAGUCAUGAUUGUGUAAUGGAAGUCUAUGGCACAGAAACAUAUCCACACCAAACAAAGGCGCCUCCAGAAC